CAGGUGUGUAACGUGAUGGAGCCGCUGCAGCAGAACAACUGGCUGCAGACGGGCUGGGUGGCCAGAAGGGGGGGCCAGCGCAUCUUUGUGGAGCUCCAGUUCACGCUCCGAGACUGUAACAGCAUUCCUGGCGUAGCGGGAACGUGCAAGGAAACGUUCAACCUCCUGUACGUUGAAUCGGACCGCGAUCUGGGCGGAGUCACCAGGGAAGACCGCUACACCAAGAUCGACACCAUCGCCGCAGACGAAAGUUUCACGCAGGGGGAUCUGGGAGAACGAAAGAUGAAACUAAACACCGAAGUGCGCGAAAUCGGGCAUCUGAACCGGAAAGGAUUCCAUUUGGCGUUCCAGGACGUGGGAGCGUGCGUCGCCCUGGUGGCUGUGAGGGUGUACUACAAGCGCUGCCUGGCCACUGUGCAGAAUUUGGCAGUAUUUCCGGACACGGUUGCGGAGGCGGCGUUCGCGACUUUGGUGGAGGUACGAGGGGCGUGUGUGAAUAACUCCGAGGUGGAUACGGACAGUCCUCCCAGAAUGCACUGCAGCGCCGAGGGGGAGUGGCUUGUUCCGAUCGGGAAGUGCAGCUGCAGCGCGGGAUAUGAGGAGGGACAUAGCAGCUGUGAAGCGUGUCCCCCCGGCUCGUACAAGAUGUCGUCCCGUCAGCAGGAGUGUUUUCCCUGCCCCGAGAACAGUAUCGCCGAGGAGGACGGCUCCAUCAUGUGUGUGUGUAAAGAGGACCACUUCAGGACGCCUCUGGACACGCCCUCCGCCCCCUGCACCAGACCUCCCUCUCCUCCUCGGGACCUGGUGUACACUCUGAAACAGUCGACGCUGGUGUUGGAGUGGGCGCCCCCUGCUGACAGUGGAGGGAGGGCAGACCUGUCGUACAGUGUGGGGUGUCGGCGCUGUAGUCCCGGGAGCUGCGAUCCGUGCGGGGCCAGUAUCGGCUUCGUCCCGCAGCAGGUCGGGCUGACGGAGAGGACGGUUACCGUGGUGAACCUUUUACCAAACACCAACUACAGCUUCACCGUGGAGGCCCUCAACGGAGUGUCCGAACUCCUGCCCAAGAAGAGACAGCUCACCCACGUCAACGUGUCCACCAGCCUGCCCGUUCCAUCUCUCAUCAGUGAGCUGCGAGCUGAAAAGAUUGAGGAGAAAAGUGUGACUCUGGUUUGGAGAGAACCCAGCAACCCCAAGAGGAGCAGGCCUGAGUAUGAAGUCAAGUACUACGAGAAGGAGCAAAAGGACCAGAGUUACUCCACAGUGAAAACCGCCACCACUCGAAUCAGCGUCAACAACCUCAAACCUGGGACCACCUAUGUGUUUCUGAUCAGACCCUUCUCCAGUGCAGCCUAUGGAGCCUACAGCGCCCCUCUGGAACUGCAGACGCUCGGGGAAUUUUUAACAGUGUGUUGUUUUGUUGCAGUGGCGUUGGCGUCGAGCGAGCAGAACCCGGUCCUGAUCAUCGUGGUGAUCUCUGUGGCGGCGCUCAUCACGGUGUUGUCGAUGGGAGUGGGGUUGCUGGUCUGGAGAAGACAAUGCGGCUACAGCAAGGCGUCUCAAGAGGGCGACGAGGAGCUCUACUUUCAGUUUAAGAUUCCCACUCGUAGGACGUACAUCGACCCAGAGACAUGUGAGGACCUGAUGCAGGCCGUUCACGCUUUCGCCAAAGAACUGGACAACUCCAGCAUCAAGAUCGAACGCAUCGUGCACACAGGUGACUUUGGGGAGGUGUGCCGCGGCUGUCUGAAGCUUCCCAGUAAACGGGAGCUCCCUGUUGCUAUAAAGACUGUGCGGGCGGGAUGCUCGGAAAAACAGAGGAGGGCUUUUCUCUGCGAGGCCGGAAUUCUCGGGCAGUUCGACCAUUCCAACAUCAUCAGACUGGAGGGAGUCAUCACCACGGGUAACACCAUGAUGAUAGUGGAGGAGAGCAUGUCCAAUGGUUCCCUGGAUGCUUUUCUCAGGAAACAUGAGGGCCAGCUGAGCAUGAUCCAGCUGAUUGACAUGUUGACCGGAGUGGCCUCAGGAAUGAAGUACCUGACCGAGAUGGGCUUUGUCCACAAGAGGCUCGCCGCACAUAAGGUGCUGGUGAACUCUAACCUGUGCUGUAAAGUGUCUGGGUUCAGGCCUCUGCAGGAGGAUAAGAUGGAGGCCGUUUACACCACACUGCACGGGGGUAAGAGUGUGGUUCUGUGGUCUGCUCCUGAGGCGAUACAGUAUCAUCGCUUCUCCUCGGCCUCCGACGUCUGGAGCUUCGGGAUCGUCAUGUGGGAAGUGAUGUCCUACGGAGAGAGGCCGUACUGGGACAUGGGGCACCAGGAUGUGAUAAAGGCGAUAGAGGACGGCUUCCGGCUCCCUGCUCCGGUGAACUGCCCCCCCCACCUGCACCAGCUCAUGUUGGACUGUUGGCAGAAGGAACGCACAGAAAGACCUAGUUUUAGUCAGAUUCACUCAGCGCUCAGUAAAAGUAUACGCUCUCCAGACGGCAUCGGCUCUUCCACACUCGCACGCAGGUGAGAAGGUUAUAAAGGUUCAUGUUUUAGGCCAAUAAUGACUUAUCUUUGGUUUACAGAGCGCCCCCUACCCACGUUCCCCGGCUUCAGCUCAGUCGGGGAGUGGCUGGACGCAGUGGACAUGGGACGAUAUAAGGACAACUUCACUGCAGCCGGCUACUGCUACUUAGAGUCUGUGGCACGGAUGACUGUACAGGACGUCAUGAGUCUCGGCAUCACCUCGUUGGAGCAUCAGAAACUCAUCCUCACUGCGAUACAGACACUGAGAGCCCAGGUCAUUCAAAUGCACGGGCGAGGCGUGCAAGUUUAA